AUGGCUCCUCCAACUGCUUCCAAAGGAAAAAAGGCUGUCAAAAGUCAAAAAUCUGUCCGUCCUGGAGAUAAGAAAGGUAGAAGAAAGGCCAGAAAAGAGACCUACUCCAUCUACAUCUACCGUGUCUUGAAACAAGUUCAUCCAGAUACUGGAAUCUCUUCCAAAGCUAUGUCAAUCAUGAACUCAUUUGUCAAUGAUGUUUUUGAAAGAAUCGCUGCUGAAGCUUCAAAACUUGCUCACUACAACAAGAAAUCUACCAUCUCAUCCAGAGAAAUUCAAACCUCUGUCAGACUUAUCCUCCCAGGAGAAUUGGCUAAGCACGCUGUCUCUGAAGGAACCAAGGCUGUUACUAAAUUCACCAGCUCAAAGUAA